AGCGGCCGAUCACGUAUGUGACAUGGCGUCCGGGUAGAAAGAAAGUUGACUGUUAAAUAAGCGUUAAUGUUGUUUUUAUGACAUUGACCAACCGAAAAGGGAACAUCCGAGGCCGCGAAUUUCCCACAGACACCGGCAUUGAUGGUAAUGCAUGCGAGGAAACCACAAAGGAUCAGCGAUGGGUACUUCGAAAAGCACCAGGCCCAUCCCUAUCAGAACGCAAAGUACAGCAGUUCUAAGGGUGGUUAUUCCUCAUCAACGACAUCAUCAGAUGGUCGUUACGAAGGACGUAUGCGAGAUUCCCCAAAUGGCAACUCUUACAGUCCAGCAGCGGGCUUGGGUAUGGGCAUGGGAACAGAUAGAGAUAGUCCUCGCAGCUACACAUCUAAACCCCUUUACAAGAAGGAGAGAGAAAAUAGAGACUACAAGUUAUCCUCCUCUAGGGACAAGUAUUCGGAUUGUGCACGAUCCCCAAAAGACAAGAGAAGCCGUGAGAGCAGAGAUUCAGAACACAGGACCAACCACGAUAGGAGUAGUGGAGAGAUUUUACAUCCUAUAAAAUUAUCAUCAAAUUCAUCAAGAGAGUCUUCAUCUCAAAGGAAAUUAUCACACAAUUCCUGUCAGGAUAAACGUGGUGAUGAGCGAGGAGGUGCAAUGGAACGUUCGGCCAGGUUCGGUGAUUGGUCAGAGCACAUGAGUUCUUCGGGGAAGAAGUAUUAUUACAACUGUAAAACAGAAGUUUCUCAGUGGGAAAAGCCACGGGAAUGGAUUAGUCGAACAGAUAAUCGACAACGUCAAUCUAAUGAUUAUUCUUCUAGGUCAAGUCAUGAUAAACAUUCCAACUCGCGGUCAAAUAGCAGUAGCAGUGUGCGAGAUGGUAAAUCAUCGCGUCAAUCCGAUAAACGAGAAUAUUGGAGUUCAUGCAGUGGAAGUGGUGGUGGUAGUACUAGGGAAGAUGUAUCAGUUAGGGAAAGGGAAAGAGAGAAAGAACGUGAAAGAGAACGUGAACGUGAAAGAGAUCGCGAAUCGUGUAGAGAGGAUGCAGGAGGUGAGCGUCAAGCUCAGGAUAUGGAUAUAUCACCAGGUGAUUCUACACCAACUUCUGAACCUCUAUCUUGCACUCACGACCCACUGCCCCAAGGUCCUGUUUUGUUGGCCACUGCUUUACCUCGGUUAACAUCACAUCCACCGUCAACACCACAAACACCUGGUAAACUUAAUUCACCGACGCAACAACAAGGAAAUAGUAAUGCUCCAGGGCCACCAGUUUCACUAGCAAAUCUUCCAAGACUUUUAUCACAAAUCACAGGCAAUAAAGAACAACCUGACAUUACACCGCAAAAAGCACUACAAACACUUCAAACAGCCGCUAUUUUAUUGUCUAGACAACAGUCGGCUAGUGGUGACCGAAAUAAUAGUGGAAAUGACGUAAUGGUCCCGCUAAAAGUUGAUACAAGUGGCAACAUUACAAGCGAGGGACCACCAACUCCGACGCAUUCGGAAACCCAGGAUUGCAUUGAUGCACGAAAAUUAACAAGUCCUGGGGGUACGAAUUCUGGAGUGCAAGGUUUAAGCUCAUUGCAAAAUCUUAGCACAUUAGGUUCUCUUGGAAAUUUAAGUAAUACAGGUUUACAAGCAUUAUCUAGAGUACAGCCUCCUUUAACACCUUCUUUAACACCUUCACUUGCUAAUCAUUAUCGGGAAGAUCUAACGCAACACGUGCGUGCCUUUCCUGCUGAUAUCCUUGAAAAACAGGCACAGAAACUUAGUGAGGAAGCACACACAAUGGGAAGUUUACAGUGUACAAGAGUGUCGGCAGAAUUAAAGACGGCACGAUCCAUAGUGAGGCUGACAGAGAUUCAGGCAACUUUACAGGAACAAAGGGGAUAGACAAAUGGACGACACAGCCUCGACAGAGAAUGUUCACAGUGCAAGACAGCAGCAUAGACAUAUCUCAGCGCAGCCUCACUUUAUCAUUGGUUAGUGCUUCUGCUGGUAAUUAUUAUACAAAUCUAUCAUUUCUUAAAUUACACAAUACAACUAUAUACGGAAGAACCCUUCGUAGACAAGAGCUCUCUUUUUGUUUCCUUUACACAACAAAUAUAUUAAAAGGUACUGUAAGUCUGAACUCAUUAAUUUCUGUCAUCGAACUGCUUCUUAUGAUUUUUAUUGAUAGAUAUAAUUUUAAUGAUAUAAAAACAAAAAUCAAUUUAACUAUGUUGAUACAUUUGUUUACAUACCUAGCAAUAUUAUUGUAGCAUAGCAGAUAAGUAACAGCUACGAAGGGUAUUUGUAAAAUAUGUAAUUUGUAAAUUAUCCACAAUGAAAUCAAGGUAUUAUCUUUCGUUAUCCUUGUUUUCUUAAUAUGUACGCAGCAAAACUAAAAAUGUCUUAAAAACUACAAAUGUAAAUAUUAUACAACAUACAAAGUAACAAUAUGUAACAGUUGUUUUGUACCUAUGUAUCUAUUAUGGCAGAAGGUGGGUCUUGUGCCGAGUUAUUCUUGGCUACUGUCAAUUUUAAGCCAACAUUAUAGAUAUAACUAUCCUAGUCUUAAAUAGGACGUGCACGAUUUCAUAUUAAUUCAUUAAUCAUUAACACGUCAACUAACUACUUUCUGCAAUUAGGGACUUCUAAAAAGAAUAUUCUGUUUUACAGGUCCUUAGUGUCUCGAAAACAGUUUUACUAUACCUACAAAUAUUGAAACUAAUAUCACUCUAGGUAAAAUUGCACACAUUGUAAAAAAUUUAUAAUUCCGUCAAUAAUAAAAUAU